AUGAAGGGCACGUCGAUCUUCAGCUUCGCACCAUGGUCAAAAAUCCAUCCCCCUCUUCCUCGGACCCCCCGCGAGUCUCAACAACUCCUGAACGCCCUUACAUCCUCCUUCCGUCGCCAGUUGGAUCAUGAACAUCCCCCUUCCCAUUCAUUAGAUCGGGAUGACAACGGCGAUCGUCCGCCGGUGAACCCCAACUCAUCCGUGCAUGCCACUGAUAGUCAUCUGCGGGCCAUUCUGGACAACCCGCUCUUCCGUGUAGUCCCCGCCAAAUCAGUCGCAAAUCGCGGACAGUCGGGGAUGAGCAACGUUGAGCAACAGAGGCUAGCAAGGGAGCCUAUGGUAGUAUUUGAUGAGCUGGUUGCAUCUGGUUCGGUCACAGUGGGCGGCCUUCGCAGCUGCCUAAAAUCACAAUUGUUGCUGGCAAGCCGUCACACAGGCAAUGGGUUUAUCCAGGCUAUGAAGGAGUCCCGGGCGGGUUCGAAGGUGGUUACCUGGUGGUUUUCAUCUGAUUCGGCGGCCAGGAAAAUGCUGUUCAAAUCCCGGGCAUCGACGUCUUCUCUGAUGAAGUUUAUGGUGGCCGAAGGACUACAAGAUACCGUUAUGCUCUGGCUGAGAAUCGUGUCAAAGAAAGAAUUAGGAGAGGGCCAGAACGGUCGAAUACCGGAUGCCGUUGCACAUCAACUGUUCAGCAACCUUUUGCUUGACCUGGUCGUCGCGGAGAUUCAGUACGGUGGGGGGGUAAGCAGCGCUUUGCGAUUUUAUCUACAGGCUUGUAAACCACAUCUGCCUGCGAAAGAAGAGGUCUUGGGUCAAUCAGUCAAAUCGAUGCUCCUCCCUGCGGGUACCCAUCUAGGUCAAUCUAUAGUCCAGGACGGGCAAAUGAGUACCGGAAACAUGCCAGCAACUGUAUACGAGGAUUUUAUCGGUGUUCUUUCUACGCUGUCACCUACUUCAUUAUUGUUGGCCACGAUAUCUCUUUACCACCCUACAUAUCCCGACCCUACUCCAUUGCUCCAAUUCGUGGAGACGCUACCUCCCGACCGACUUGACACAUGGACCGACACGACACGAGAACGCUUCAUGCGGCCAGGUUUUGACGCACUUCGUAUCUUGUUGGACCAGCAGAGAUCACGUGAAGCAUCCUACCUAGCACGCUUCAUGCAGCAACAGUUGCCCGGAAGACCGGGCCAGGAGAUGGCACGUCAUAUUGUGUCGGCGGAGGAAGAGGACAUGCUUGCCCGUCUCGACCUGGCGUUCACGUGA